AUAAAAAACAAGUAAGCUGCCAAUAUCAUAUUUCAAAGUGCACAGUGUGUAAAGAGAUAUUUUUGUUUUAAUUAAAAUACAUGUAGGUACAAGGAUGCUAAAUUGCUAAAUUAUAUCCCAUUUAUAUAAGAUCAGUGUCAAAAUCAUAGCUCAAAAUCCAUUUUCAAAUGGCAACAACUAUGCCUCCCGAAAUGUCAUCAACAGCAACAAACCCCCCAAAUGUUACUUUGCCCCCCUCCAGGGUCACUACAGAUCCAUUGACAACGGCCUUACAAGCCUCACGAUCAAGAUUUAUGAUAACGGAUAUUUUGUCGGCACAACAAACAAAUCAUCAGAUUUCAACACCCCAUUUGGCGGGUCAACAACAUCAGGCUGCCCUGCAACACUACAUAGCGCAACAGCAUCAGCUAUUGCAACAACGACAACAACAACAACUAUCUACACAUAAUGGAUCGUCACCUUCAACAUCACCGCCACCCCCACCACCAGCGUCUCUGCAACAUUUGCCUCCACCAUCAACAGCACCACCAAUUGCAGCAUCACCACAUUUUCCGCCUCAUCAUACUUUGACCCACUCCCCAAUGUCCGCAUUAAUGGGAUUUUCCUCGGCCGCCGGCGGUCACAAUGGUUUCAGUGCCGCCGCGGCAGCAGCUCAUUAUGCUGCCAUUCAACGCAAUGAACGGGAACGAGAACGUCUUAGAGAUUUAGAUGAUAUAUCCUAUAGAACACCACCGUCCACGCAAUGUUUGGAUCCGGAUGACCGGUCACGUUCACCGCAGCCUUUAUUUUUAAGGGGAGAUAACAGAGAUUUGAAUGGCCAACAUAUUGGGACAAAUAUUGGUGGAAAUAAUGGCAGUCACGCAAUGGUAGGUGGAGGUGGUGACAGCAGUAUAAGCGGUGAUCAGGCCAGCACAAUAGAUGAUAGUGAUAGUGAUAGUGGUGCCAAAGACGAUGAUGGCCACAGCAUCAAGAGCAGUGACAAUUUAAUGGGCUUAAGCAAAAAGCAACGCAAAGCACGGACGGCAUUCACAGAUCACCAACUGCAGACAUUGGAAAAAUCAUUCGAACGUCAAAAAUACUUGAGCGUACAGGACCGCAUGGAGUUGGCAAAUAAAUUGGAGUUGAGCGAUUGUCAGGUUAAGACAUGGUACCAGAAUCGAAGAACCAAAUGGAAGCGUCAAACUGCCGUUGGGCUGGAACUGCUUGCAGAGGCUGGAAAUUAUGCAGCUUUUCAGAGACUUUAUGGCGGUUCACCCUAUCUCAGUACAUGGCCCUAUGCUCAUCCACCCCCUAGCCACCAUUUGACUUCUGCUACGCCAAUAGACCUGUACUAUCGUCAGGCAGCGGCAGCUGCUGUACUACAAAAGCCCCUUUCGUAUCGUAUGUAUCCCUCCAUGAAUUCCAUGAGUCCUUUGUCCUCCGGUGGACUAGGUGCCAUGCCUUUGACUCCAACGCCCAUACCUCACCUGAGUGCUUCCAAUUCACUGCAAUCGCUUAGCAGUUAUUAUCACACGGCGACUCAAUCGUUUGGGUCCACAAAUUCGCCCUCUAUCAAGUCUAGUCUCUACAAUAAAAGCCCAACUCGUAGUGAAGAGAACGAAGGAGAUGCUGAUAAUCGCAAAAGUGUGGAAAUUAUAGAACGUUCCUGUAGUCCUCCCCUGAAUCCGGGUAGCCCUCCAGAAAGACACGAGAAUUCACGUAACAAGCCAACAACCAGUAGUGGUUCAUCCGCCCAAUCAAGCAGUAAAACAUUGGCAGCGGUAACCGCUACCACAUCUCCAAGUGAUAAUGAGGCAGAUGAUGAGGAUGACGCCAUCGAAGUGUGAAAAGCAUUCAAGCAACCACAAAAACCAUUUAUGAUGCAGCCUGGCAUGAAAUAUUUUUACAUAGUUGCAAUGGGUAGUUAGUUAACUCUAACAAAUCGAGAGAAUUCCAAGAAUAUGAAUUCGCCUCGAGCUAGGAAAUUAUAGAAUUUUCCAGCUUAUGCGGCACAUUGCAUUUCCAUUAUUUGCCUCUGGCGUCACAUUUGUUGAAAAUUCACAUUUCAGCAGGAAACGGUGCGAAAGAGACGAUUCAUCUGCGAAAACCAAAGAUUUCUCAAAUACUCUUAGGUGUGAUAGUGAUCCUUUGAGCUGAUAUCUGAGAUUCUGAGAGAAAUUUUGAUGACUUGUUUGAAUUUUAAAUUUCGAUCAUAACCCAGCGUCAAUGGAUCUCAAAUAGAUUUGUAAUAGAUUUGUAACCUUUGUAAAUUAUAUUUUUCUUGUACAAACA